CUCAGUCCCAUGUUCGGAGCCAGUUCGUGGGAGGGGUGAACAACUAGUCCCUGGGGAAGGAUCGUCUGCCUCUAAUCGUCGAGACACACCAACAUUCUCUAUCCGACCAUGGCAUGGUAUGUUUUAUUCCACAUCUCAUUUCUCAGAAUGGGCUAUGAUAGGUCCGGGUGGACGUUUUAAUCGUAAUGAGAGUUGGGUACAAAGUACUCUGUUGCAAUUUGAUAUGCCGCGCCACUGGGAGUACGCGGUCCCGACACGGUAUACUACCCCAGGCAAUCGUGGUGUGGGAUGGCAUGCUGUAUAUCGAGCAUCCCUCGAUUAUGGGCUUCGUUUACCAUUUCCGACGUGGCUAUGUGAUGUGAUGCGGAGAUCUCAUUUGACGUUAAGCACGGUGACACCGGGAUUUUGGACACUUGUUGCUGCUUUUCGUUUGGGUUGUCACAGGGCCGGUGUGUCACCCUCAGUAGAACUUUUUUAUGCAUGCUUCUACCUUCGUGGUGAAGCUACUGGAUGGUCUCUUCAUAGUAGAUCUAAUGCGCUUGGCCUCGUGACUCCAUAUGGCCGUGCAGACCGGGGUUGGGAACGUGAGUUUUUCUAUUUCUUUCCAGCUUCAGGUGAACUUUCAUCUGAGGGUGUUAUGAUCCCUACUGAAUGGAGGGAUAUCGAGUUGGAAGGACUUCACAGACAAGCAGUACGUAGAGAAUACGUAGUACAAAGAGAUCUAGCCGCCAAAGUAAAAAGGAUAUCAGAAGGAGGGCGGAUUAACGUUGAGACUCCUGAGGCUCGGGCUAUCCUCUUUUUCACGGUCUAUAAUGAUGCCUACUCGCAUUUUAGAGCAUGCAUGGAAAUUCAAGAGAAUUCCCGAUUUACUGCGAGAUUACCGCCGCCAGCUCCCCGUCCUCAAAGUGGUGUGGUGAUCCGUGAAAUUUCCGAGGAGCCCGAACCAGCAAUGACGACUUCGAUUGGUGGUCAAAACAAACGAGUGCGUCGCUCCUCUCCAUAUCGAGGCAAGAAUUAUAAUUCAAGAAGGAAAUUCGAGGUUAGUAGCUCGAGUCAUUCUGCCCGCGGGGGCGAGCACGGUCGUUUUCAGAAGGCGAGAGCAUAUCAUAACUCAGAGUCCCAUCGCCAGGGUGGUCAAGGCACCCCUGGUAGAGGAAGGACAGAUGUCCCACUUGUUAUGAACUACCAAACCUUGCGUGAUAUCGGGAAUCAAUUUCCUCCUCUUGAAGGCGAGGCUGCCGGUGUUUGCUUUGCGUUAUCGCAAAACCAGAUGAAUCAAUAUGCCACCGAGAUGGAGAGGCGCGUAGCAAGAGCAAGGGCAGAAGUUAUGACAGCUCAACAAAAUGUUGUACGCGUAGAGCAUGAUCUUCGUAAUCAAACUAGGAAAGUGGAAGAAGCAAGGGGUCGUGCUAGCGAGGUUGAGGCACUCCUCCGCGAAGUUCGAAAUCGCCAAAUGAUCACUUCAGAGAGGCUACAAGAAUUGGAAGCCUCAAGGGCAGCAUUGCUACAGGAGAUGACGAGACUCAAGGAGGAUCAUGCUGCUGAGCAUGAAGUUCUUAUGGCAGAGCGUGAUGAAGCUCGUGCAGAGACAGUACGACUGCAACAUCAAGUGCAACAGUCGGUGGGGGAAACCUCAGGAGGCGCCAUGCUCUUAGUGGUUUCACGUGACAUAUUUCCAGAGGCUGAGUCUGACGAGGCACGUGUCCCAAGAGAGGCGGAUACCAGAAUUGAAGGAGUUCCAUCCGAGGAGGUGGUGAUGCAUCGUGAUAACCUGGAGAUUGAGCCUUUCAUUUCUACCCCGAUAUUUGAUACGGCUUCUGCGGAUCAAUCAUUUAUUGCUGCAAUGGAUAGCCCGAUCCCGUCAGAGCUGGCGAUGUCUGCUGAGAACGCCUGGGUGAAUGAAAUACUUGGCUUCGGUCCUCCUAUGUGAGAUAGUGUAGCUUGCGGUGGUAGCAAACUUUUCUCUGUACAGGUAGUAUCUUGCUCCGCAAAGAUAUUCGGAUAUAUUACCUAUGUGUGCCAUGUUUAUGUAGCAGCAUAUCUUGCCUAUGUACAUUAGUAGUUCGUCAUAGAUAUGUAACCGUGCAUUUUGCGUUGUACAUAUAGCGGUUUUUAAUGAAACUA